GUUUUACUGCAUGAAGGUGACGGGGUCACUUCAAAAUCUGAGAAUGUCGUCCAUUCUUGGCGUCCCAGCAGCUGUAAAUCGUGCAGAUCCGAAUCCUUACUUUUCUGGUCAGUUAAGACAUCACAGUUCAGACUGUGCUACUGAAAGCAUUGGUUAUCGAGGAACUCCGUACAAUUCAGUAAAUGUUUCAUCUAGUCGUGAUGUAACACACAGUCCAUUAACCUCACAUCUGGCAUCCAAAGAUCCACUUCCUACAUGCACUGGAUGCAGACAUACCAUUUCAGACCAAUAUCUUUACCGUAUUCAUGGCUUAGCGUGGCAUGAAUCAUGUGCAGUUUGCUCAGUAUGUUCGUCAGAACUUGUGGAGGUAUGCUUUAUUGUCAAUAAAAAUGAGUUAUUGUGCCGCAGAGACUAUGAUCGCCUUUAUGCAACUAAAUGUGUGAACUGUCGGCAGCCAAUGCGAAGCCAUGAAUUAUUUAUGCGUGCAAAACACUCCAUAUCACUAACAAGAAACUCAUCUAAUCAAAUUGCCUUGAACUCUUCAAGUCAAGAACUAAUUUUCCAUGUCUCCUGUUUUACAUGUUGUAUGUGUCAACAACCUAUAGCAGCUGGUGAGGCAUAUAUUAUUGAUCCAGUCACAUGUCGACCGAUAUGUCGUUCAGAUUUUCUCACAAAACAACAACACUUCCAACAACAGCAGCAACAACAACUGAAUUCAUCCGCUCUCAUUAAUAAUAAUCAUAAUACACAUGUCGAAAUAAACGAUAACCAGAUGUUAUCAUCUACAGAGUCAUCGUCAUCAUCAUCGUCUCGGAAUUGGCAAGGAUAUAAUAAUGGACGAGAUUGUGAACAAAUGCAUCAGCCUUUAUCGAAUAUUUGCUUAUCUAGUCAACAAAAUGAAUGUGAUAAUGAUAUUGAAUUGAUGGGUAAUAAAACUGAUUGGCCACCUAAUCAAAACCAUCUUGAUCAUAGUUAUAAUUCAUUGAAUAGUAGUGGAGGAUUCGGUUCAAUGAAUCGUCGUAUGCGAACUUCACUCACUGAUGAACAGCGUUAUCGACUACAAGAAGCUUAUGAAUUAAAUGUUCGUCCAUCGAAAAGUAUGCGUGAAGCAUUGGCUUCAGAGCUGGGUGUACCUAUGCGGGUUGUGCAGGUAUGGUUUCAAAACCAGCGUGCACGUGAUAAACGAGCCUCUACUUUUGGUCGUGAUAAAUCAUCAUCUAUGCCACUUGUGAAUAAUCCUCAUCAACAUGAAAGACAACAAUUACAUUUUGAAGAACAACAAUCGCACCAUCAAAAUGAACAACAAUCCUCCGAUCUGUGUCCUUUUACACCAUCCCCACAUACUUCUGUUGAAAGUGGCCCAUUCCCAGAGUUUGGUGGAUUCUCUACUGAAAAUUUAGUGCGUUAUAUUCCAGAGGAUAUGCACAGUGAUCAUCAUUCUGAUGUUGUUCAACCUUGGCGAUCUGUAUCACACGCUGUUUGGCUUGUAGAAAAUGGCAAUGAACACUCCACUGUUAGAUGAUAAAUCACAUAUAAUACAUAUAUGUAUACCUAAUCUAAUGAAGCGAAAAUAUCCUACGAAUUUUUCAACACCAGUGAAGUUCUAUGAUCAUGUCAUACAUGCUGUGAAUAUAACACAUGCAUUACGUGUGUAUUCCUCACUCUUUUUUCUUUCGUUGUUGAGAUACCAACUGCAUACACAUUCACACUCACUCACUCACUUACUCACUCAUUCAUGGUAGCGAAGUUAUCUGUGAUUCUUCUUGAAGAGCACCACCCAACUAUGAUGUAUGCAAUUCUUAACCAGAAAAUUUAAACAAUAAAUAGUUUUGACCAGCAAUUAAUCUUUCUAGGCUUUUUAAAAGAAUUAUGCAUUUCAGGUGUUAAUAAAGAGAGAUGUGUGACACCUUUAUAUGAUGUGUCAUUAUUAUUCAUUUACUCUAUUCUCUUAUGUGUGUGUGUGUGUGUCUUAUAUACAUUAGUGGAUGGAUGGAUAUUGUGCAAAUUUUCUAAUUUGUAAAUAUGACCUAUUCAUCAAUAUUAUUUUAUAUUAUUCAUAAUCUCUUUGCUUCAUGCUUCUUCAUUCAUUCUCAUAAAAAGAAUAUGCUAAAAAAGAGGGAGCAUCAAACUGUGUAUGUAUGUAAACUUAGAUUCAUUUUUAUUCAUGCUCAUUGUACACGUGUAUUAUUUUUUUUCAAGCUGUCCAAUGUGUGGAAGACGUUGAUUACUAUCUCAGGUGUUUACUUCUCUCUCUCUCUCUCUUCAAGUGUUCAAUAGACGGUUAUUUAAAUUUUUUCAAAAACAAACCAACACAUUCUAACUGACACUUACUCUUUCCAAUGAUGAGAUCCUUUCGGGUAGGGUAUUGUAUGUUUUUUUGUCGCUGUUGUUGUUGUUGUUCAGUACGGUUUUUUCUCUGUUCACAAAUUUCCCUUUCUUAGAUGCUCAUUUUAAAUUUAAAAAAAAACUAAAACAUGAUCCUUGCUUAUCAUUUGAAGUUUGUUUUUACAUAGUUAUCUAUGUAAAGAAACUGAAAGGCUUUUUUCUGAUAGUCGUUGUUGUUAUAUAAAGAUGCGAAAAAGAAGCAAGGUUGCAUUUCUCUAUCGACGAUUAGUUAUUGCAUACACUGUGUGCGUGCGUGCGUGUGUGUGUGCUGUGUUUAAUUCCUCUCCGUGUGUUGUAUAUAUUCGUGCCGUUUGAUGGCAUCUGUCUAUCAUCUCUUGUCCUUUUCUGUUGCUUUUUUUCUCUUGUAUAUUUAUAUAUAUUGGUAUUAUAUUGAUAGCAUUUUUAUUAUGAGGAUUGUCACACGUACAACACCUAUAUUACUAUUAUUAUUAUUAUGAUUAUUACUAUCUCUCACACGUAACAGUAGUCUCAGUGAUGUUUGUUUAUAAAUUCAAUUAUAUAAGUGAUAUGAGAUGAAAAAGAUCAUUGAGUGUGGUGAACCUGUAGUCUUUUUUCUUCUUUUCUUUCUUCUCACUUCCAUUCUAUCCAACUGUAAUUUUUAAUCUCUAUGAGUUUGUUUCUAAAAAAUCUUUUCGCCAAAAAACCCUAUUCCACUAUAACAUUUUCUGCGUGUGUCCAUAAGUGAGUGUCAUGCAAAACAGAAUACCAUCUGUUGGGAUGAUGGUCCCAGACAUAGACAGAUUUAUGUACAGAGCUGACUUUUCCUCUCUCUCUCUCUCGCUCCCCACCUCUGUGUGUCUCCGUCCCUCUCACGUACACACUUUCCUCAUUGAUUGUUUCUGUUAUUGAACAUCAUUAUUAGUAGUAUGUUUAGUUCUUUUGUUCAGUCAGAUUUUUGUUCUUUUUUCACAAUUCCUGUAUAAUUCCACUUUUAACUGCUUACUUUUCUUUAUUAUUGCAUCAGUAAGAAGAAAGGCGUUAGACAAGGUAUCUUUGUAUACAGGUAGGUGUACGUACACGUGUUUACACCGACCUACCUGGCUUGUACGUGUGUGUGUAUGUAUGUAUUGUAUCCUUAUAAAAAUUUUUACUUCACAAGUGGAACUAACAAUCACGUGUUCUCAUGAAAUCAAAGUGAACCAAAUCUCAAAUUUCCUUAUCUUAUUUUUCGCAUUGUCUAUUCAACUAUUGUUUUAUCUUAUGAUAUUAAUAAUUAUAAUUAUGAUUAAUUUUUCUAGUUUUUCUUUUUUGUUUGUCUGUUUAUUUAUGCGCCUUGUGUACAUGACAUAAAUAUCAAAUGGGAUUGCAUAAGUCCAA